CUCCCCGGUCCGGGCCGUUGCAGGAAGCGGUUGAGGGACGGCGGCGGGGCGCGCGGCUGCGGCGCUGCGGGCCGGGCGCUGACGCGGCGCCUUUAAGAGAGGCCUGCGCGCCGCCACCGCGCUCGGCCGCCAUGGGCUCGCCGUCGUCCGCGCCGCCGUUCCCGCGGGCCGCCGCGCUGCUGCUGGCGGCUUCGCUGCUGCUGGCGGCCCCGGCGGGGCUGCGCGCCGCUCCGGAGGAAGAACCCAGUAGGAAGAAAGAGCCGCCACCACCGCCGGCAGCGGCGCAGGGAGCCGAACCUCGGGCUGAGAAGGGGUCCUCGCCAGUUGCUCCAGUUCACAUUGUCAAUGAAGAGUCAGCUGACAAGACUAAUUUGGGCUUUAUUCAUGCGUUUGUGGCUGCUAUAUCGGUCAUCAUUGUAUCAGAACUGGGGGAUAAGACCUUCUUCAUUGCAGCCAUCAUGGCAAUGCGGUACAACCGUUUGACUGUACUGGCUGGUGCCAUGCUUGCCUUGGGACUGAUGACAUGUUUAUCAGUUUUGUUUGGCUAUGCCACCACAGUUAUUCCUCGUGUGUACACAUACUAUGUGUCAACGGCACUGUUUGCGAUUUUUGGCAUCCGAAUGCUUCGGGAAGGCUUGAAAAUGAGUCCAGAUGAGGGUCAGGAAGAGCUGGAGGAAGUUCAAGCAGAAAUUAAAAAAAAAGAUGAAGAACUUCAGAGAACUAAACUGUUAAAUGGGCCAGGAGAUGUGGAAUCAGGGCCAGGCACCACUAUACCUCAGAAGAAGUGGCUGCAUUUUAUUUCUCCGAUCUUUGUUCAAGCUUUUACUUUAACGUUUUUAGCAGAAUGGGGUGAUCGUUCCCAAUUAACAACUAUAGUCUUGGCUGCCAGAGAGGAUCCCUAUGGUGUGGCAGUAGGAGGAACAGUGGGACAUUGCCUAUGCACUGGUUUAGCAGUUAUUGGAGGGAGAAUGAUAGCACAAAAAAUUUCUGUUAGGACUGUGACAAUCAUAGGAGGCAUUGUCUUCUUAGCAUUUGCAUUUUCUGCACUAUUUAUAAGUCCAGAUUCUGGUUUUUAAAAUUUUUCAUCACUGCAAAAGAACAAGGAUCAGAAGAAUCCAGCAGCUGUCCUUGUGCAUUUUUGUAUAUAAUGUACAGAAUUACAAUUAAGCACUGAAGCUGAGACACUGAACUUUUUAUAGCAAGUGAUUCAUGGGACUGACACAUGUAUGGAUGGCUUCUGCAGUGGAGAUUGGCUCACUGGUUUGUUUAUUCCAUGGUGCUGCUCCCUUGGUGGGAUUUGUGUGGUUUUCCUGCUUGCUGGACCUGACUCAGCUGAGUUUUGAGGACCUACUCUCAAAUAUUGAGGCUUCCUCUCUUCUUCCUCUGUUACACAUGGCCGCCUUUCCUGUUCCAUCAAGAGCUGAUUCUUAAGGCUUCUCGAAGCAGAUGGUGUCUUGUUCCAUGUUGCUCAGCGGGAGGUGUUCUGGAGGAAGCUGCUGGCUCCCACCUCCCAGGACUUCGGUUCCAGGUGUGCCUGAGGCUGGAUAAUCAAAGCAACAGGAAACCUGGGAGCGGUUCCUAUACCUUUGAGUGGCUGAGCCACCAACAGAGAAUUUUAUAAACUCUAUUUGGAGGGAAAACUUAAUCAGGGAUUUUUAUCAGGAAAUUGAUGUGUCGUGAUUAACAGCCUACCAUGUUCAAUAUGCAAUCUUAUCUGGAGGUAAUAUUAUUCGACUGUUUUUCUUUUUUGAAUUUUGAAACAUUAAAGUAUAAGGAAAGUAAUAAAAUGGUCCAGCUUAACAAUGUUCCAUUCCCAGGACUGAACAGUAACGGAAUUCUUAGUUUUAAAUGUAUUCUUAUUUUUCUUUUUAGGUAUAGAAAUGUAAUCUGGAAGUGUAUUAAUAAAAUAUAGUGUCUUUAUUUGA